ACCAAUCAAAACCGCACCUGCCGUCUUGGACCUGAGCUACAGGAUUUAGUACUGACAGCCUAACCACCAUCCACCAAGAGAUCGCAGCUACUGUCGCGUAGAUCCGAACGCAUGAGUUCCGCGGCUGACUGGCAGAGCUAGCAAACCGUUGCCCUGCUCAUAGUAGGCACGAGUAUAAUACUCAGCCGUGCAGUCCUGUACAACCGAAUACACGCGACUCACCUCACCCCAUUGUUGUGACCCCCUCCUUGCGUCAAGGCUCACUCACAAUGGCUUUUCAAACAUCUGGCGAAUUUGUCCGCGCGGAUGAGAAGAAAGACUCACUGUCACACCCUGAUGGCGGUGUCCAGGUUCCUAUCUACAAUGACCUGGAGACAGCGUCCUCUGAGGACCUGUCGAUAGGCGCCAUCCUUCGCGGCACGGCAGCAAAGCCUAUGAACACCUUUGAAAAGAAGGCCGCUCUUAUCAACGUUGAACUCGACAAGUUCGGUCUCGGCAGAUAUCAGAUCUGCAUCUGGUUCCUCUGCGGUUUCGGUUACUUCUUGGAUCUGGCCUGGUCGCAGGGUGUUGGUCUUGUCUCGACAGCUAUCUACCAGGAGAUGGAUGUCGCUGAUGCUGACACGGGAACCAUCUUUGCUUGCGCCAACGCCGGCCUUGCUUUGGGAGCGCUAGGUUUCGGACUCGCAGUCGAUAUUAUUGGCAGAAAGUGGGCUUUCAACCUGACAUGCUUGAUCACUUCAAUCUUUGGGCUUCUUCUGGCUGCUCCCAAAUACAAUUACGGCGCCAUUUGCGGAAUCUACUUCCUUGCAUCCCUCGGUCUUGGAGGCAACAUCCCUAUCGAUGCCACCAUUGCUCUAGAAUUCCUACCCCAGAAGCGCCGCUACUUUGUCGCUCUCCUCUCGAUGUGGCAGCCAAUUGGUGUCGUUUUCGCGUCUGCCGUUGCUCUCGGCACUGCUGCUAAAUGGCGUUGCGACCCCAGUCUAGACUCCUGCAAAGCUAUUGCGGCUGGAGAAGCAUGCUGUUCAGUUGACAGCAACAUGGGAUGGCGCUACAACAUUAUCAUCCUUGGUGUUGUGACUCUUGUCGUUUUCUUCCUUCGAUUCUUCGUUUUCCAUUUCCAUGAGUCGCCCAAGUUCCUGCUCAGUAGAGGCAGAGAGGCUGAAGCUAUCGAGGUCCUGCACAAGAUCGCCAAAUUCAACAAGGCUCCAGCACCCACUCUGACUCUUGAGCACUUUGCCGCAAUCGAUGCCAUGGAUGGUGUUGUGCCCGAAGAAAAGCCUACUAACCUGACACGAGCAGAGAAGAACAAGCGGGUUCUCAAGGGCUUUGGAAAAGAGCUCCGUCGUCUGAAGGGCAUCUUCACCAACAAACUCUCCUGUUUCAUCUUCGUUCUUCUCGGUAUUGCGUAUAUGGGCGACUACUGGUCCUUCAACUUGGCAGGUUCCUUCUUGCCCAUCAUUCUGCUGCGGAACAAUGUCGACAACGGCCGUGGUAGUGUCAUAGACACAUAUCAGCAGUACCUGAUUAUUUACUCGCCUGGUAUCAUCGGUGCUGCGCUCGCCCUGUUUUCCGUACAGAUGCCUCUGCUCGGCAGGAAAUGGUCACUAGUAUUCUCCGCUAUCUGCCAGGGUCUUUCCAUGGCCAUGUACACGCAGGUCCAGAACACCGCUGGCUACGUUGGUCUCAACGCGCUCGAGUACAUCAUGCAAACCUAUUUCAAUGCUGUCCUUUACGCCUCUGCGCCCGAGCUCUUCGACACUGAAUACCGCGGCAGUGUCAGCGGUAUGCUAUCUUGCCUGGGUCGUCUGGCAGGUAUUGUCGCCCCUUACGCCGGAGCGCAGUUGCUCGCCGACGCCAGUUCCGGUAUUCUCUGGCUCGGUGCUGGUGGUAUCUGGCUCUCGGCUUUGAUGAUGGUGUUCUUGCCCGUUGAGAUGAGGAACAGGCAGAUGUUCUAAAUGCACUUGCAUCACGCAUUUGCAAUAACCUUUCCUUCGAUAUAGUAUGCUUUGAGCAGUAGCUCAGCACGACCAUGAUACCCACAAUCAUAAUAAUGAAAAAUGUCUUUCCC